AUGUCUGCUACCUAUCCCCUGGCCCCAGCCAUGGCUGAGCAGGUGUCUCUGUGGCACCACUACCUGCUGGCCAUCCAGUCAAGGGAGGCACAUCGUGCCCAGGACUACCAAUGUGCUGAGAACGUGCUGCUUACUGUGCUCGAGCGUGUGCACGCCCUGGACCCCCGCUUCAUUGUGGACUACUCUCGCGACCUGGAGACUUUCCAGUUUGCCCUGCGUUCUUCAGAGGACCCACUGGACCUGGAGGUGCCCUUGUGGGUGGAUGCUGAAGCUCUCCUGAUUGAAGAGAUGGAUGCCACCAAGCCAGGGGACAGCCCUGCACUCUGCCAUCUGGGCAUCCCCAGGGAUGCAGCUGGCCUGGAGCUGUGGAUGACUGACGACGUCUUCACUGCUGCCUCGGAGAGCAAUGCCAAGUGCUGUGGUCACAUUGUGCCCAGCAAGGUCCUGCAUGUCCUCAAGGACCUUCUGGUGGCAGCCAUUGUGCACUGCAAACACCAUGGCCUCAUCCCACCAGGUUCGCUGAAUGCAGACAGCCUAAAGGAGGGGCAGCUCCACCUGUCCUUGAUCGUGUUCAGUGGUUGGAGAAAGAUCUGCUUCAACGUUGUGCCCGUGGUGAGGAGGAAGCACAGAGUGCCAGCCCUGGAUGGGGCCCAGUUGACACCCGGAUUCCCUGAAGGCACCUUGAGAAGGAUUGCCAGCCAUGGGGUGGACCUGGUGCCUGCCAGCACCCAACACUGGAGGAUUUCCACUAGCUACUUGCUCACACGGCUGCUUGGUGUGCUGGGCUCACUCCAGGGCCACCGCCUGGACAGCCUCUCCAUCCUGGACCGGGUGAACCUUGAGAAAUGGCGAGGUGGUGGCCAGAUCUCCGGCCUGACCUUUGACCACCUGAAGACGGUGCUGUUGUGGGCCUCGGUGCUCUUCCCAGCCCCAGAAGACUGGGUGGAGCUGCAGGGCUCUGUGUAUCGCUUAUUGGUGGUGCUGCUCUGCUGCCUGGCCACCAGGAACCUGCCCCACUUCCUCCACCCUGGAUGCAACCUGCUUCAGGGCGACAGCCUGAACCUCAAUGCCAUCUACCAGCACGUGGAGAGCUUCGCCAGCCAGCCCGAGGCAUCUCUGCGCAUCCAUGUCACCCACCUGGGCCGCGGCCUCCCACCACGCAUUGACAAUGGGGUCAAGGCACUCCUGCAGCUGCCUGCAGAUGACCCUGCCUACUGGACCACUGCCUACUUCGAUGUCCUGCUGGACAAGUUCCAGGUCUUCAACAUCCAGGAUGAGGAUCGUAUCUUGGCUAUGCAGAGCGUCUUUGGGAAGACCAAGGCUCUGGGCAGUGAAGAGAGCUGA